AUGCCCACUCGCGCAGACAUUACCUACUUCGGCGCCGGCCCGGCCGCGCUGCCGACCGACGUCCUCGAAACAGCCGCGCAAGCCCUGCUCGACUUCAACGGCACCGGUCUGGGAAUCGCCGAGCACAGCCACCGCUCCGAGCUCGCCACCAACAUCAUCAACGAAGCCAAGGCCGACCUGGCCUCCUACCUGGACAUCCCCGCGAGCGACUACGAAGUUAUCUUUAUGCAAGCCGGCGGCACUGGCGAGUUCGCCGCCUCCGUCUACAACCUCGUCGGCGCCUGGGUCGCCCGCCAGCACGCCGCCAUCAUCAAGGAACUCGCGGGCUCCGGGGCCGACGACGAGGCCGCCGUGGUGGCCGCGCUGCAGGGCCGUGUGCAGACCCAACUCAAGCUCGACUACAUCAUCACCGGCGGCUGGUCGCUGAAGGCGUACCAGGAAGCCGUCCGGUUGCUGGGGCCGGAGUAUGUCAACAUUGCGGCGGACGCGCGCACGAUCAAUGACGGCAAGUUCGGCAAGAUCCCGGACCAGAGCACGUGGAAGCUCAGUCCGGACGCGGCGCUGGUGUAUUACUGCGACAACGAGACGGUGGAUGGCGUGGAGUUUCCGGAGUUUCCGGCGGUUCUGGCGCCCAAGGCGGAUGGGACGGGCCCUGUUGUGGUGGCGGAUAUGUCGAGCAACAUUCUCUCGCGCCGUGUGCCGGUGGCUAACUACUCGCUGUUGUUCUUUGGGGCGCAGAAGAAUCUGGGCUGCACGGGUGUGACGGUGGCGGUUGCCCGUCGGACCCUGCUCCCGCCGACGACGACGCAGCCGAGCCCGGCGUUGAUGCGCAAGUUGGGGUUGCCGAUUCCGCCGAUUAUGUUGCAGUAUGAGACGAUUGCGAAGAACAACAGCUUGUACAACACGCUGAGCAUUUUUGACGUGUACAUUGCCGGCCAAGUGCUGAAGAAGCUGCUCAAGACGUACCCCGACAAGGUAGACGGGCAGCAGGCAGUGGCAGAGAAGAAGGCCAGCCUCAUCUAUGCGGCGCUGGAAGCGCACCCAGAAGUGUACCGCAUCGUGCCGGACAAGGCGGUCCGGUCGCGGAUGAACAUCUGCUUCCGCGUGACAAAGAACGGCAACGUGGACGACACGGAAAAGGCGUUCCUCAAGGAGUCGGUUAGCCAGGGGCUGACGGGCCUCAAGGGACACCGCAGUGUGGGGGGGAUCCGGGCCAGCAACUACAACUCGAUUCCGUUGGAGGGAGCUGAGAAGCUGGCGCGGUUUAUUGAGGCGUUUGCAAAGGCUUGA